CCCAUAGGACGGAGUGGUUUGUGGCCACAUGUCCGAGAAUCUCGAUAUCUGACACUUGACAGGCAGACGAAAAACCUCAUUGAACGGUUGGGUUGGGUGGUUGGGUGGUUGAGGCAACAAAAGUGGAUGAACCCAGGGUGGGACUCGGUUUAGAUCCCGGUCAGGCCUGGUGGGGCCCAUUGGACGGCAGCCUCACUUAAUAGCUCGCGAGUAAGGCUCUAAGGCUGGCUGAUUGGCCUUGAGCCAAAGGGAAAGUCCGCGACUAUUUUUCGCUACCCAAUCGCUCUCGACUUUGGCGUGUGGCCAACAAAAUCGUCAAAAUUCGCCACUUGAUUCUGGUCGGCUUGGGGUGGAGGAUAGAGUGCGAGGCUGGCUGGCACGCGCUUUGACCUAUAAACUGGCUGUGAGGCUGCGAGGCUGUGAGGCCACUUGGAUCUGAGUGGCGUUGAGCGAGGGACCAACGCAUGAAUGGCCGCUGCUUUUUCCGGCCAGAAUAGCUUAGCCAUGGUGGGUGUCUCGCAUCACCACGCCCCUUAUCGGCCUUAUGCUCCCCCGGGACCGACACCGGCUUCCAUGAGCCCGUCCAUGGCUUUGACGGCUGAGUUGUGGCUCAAGAUCGAUCAAUUGCAUCUGAAUUAUUUGCGGGCCGAGGAAAAUACCAAAAAGUUUGACAUCCGCAAGAAGUUGGAAGGGUACAUUCAUCAAUAUUUGUGCUUGGUGCCGCACGAGCGCAAGUUCUGCAACCCGUUGACGGCUCAGGUCAUUUAUGAGAGUGCCCGUUGGGUGCCCGACUUUUCCGCGCUCAAAGCGGCUCAGGCCUUCGAGGCCUUGGAGACGUAUGCGGCCAACUUGAUCAACCAGCCCUGGCGGCCUGAGUUUAAGGAGGUCAAGCAAUACGGAGGCUUUUAUCAGCACAACAUUGAAAGUGCUUUAAGUGGAGCUGAAAGGUUGUUCACUUUGAUGGGAUAUCGAGCCACGGGUCAAAAGUCUCUGUCGCUCGAAGGACCUGUGGAACAAGAUGCCGUCACCAAAGUCGCCCGAGAUUGCAUUCUGGCUUACAUGGAAUGCCAGAUCAUUGUCAGCAUCGUGCAAGGCGUGUCGGCUCAAUUUCCGUGCUCUUGUGAGGAGGCCAUGAACUUCCGCCGGGAACACAUUAGUACGCCUGAGCAAGCCAUCCGAUCCAUUGCGUACUUGAAGAAUCAGCAAUGUUAUCAAAAUAAUCGCUCAAAUGGAGCGAGCACUGCACCUCUAAGGACGCCCAAUGGCAGCGAAUUCAAUCCGUUCCAAUCGUCCUUGCCUCAUACUACAUCGUCCGCCGGCACAAUGUACUCGGCUCAUAGUCAAAACGGCCAUUCCACCGUCAUUCCAACUGGACGAUUGGUGGAUGUGGAGCACAAGUCAGACGUGAAUCAUCGCCGAGGAUCAUCUCCUAGCGGUCGAAGUGAUGCCAGCUAUCCGCAAAAUGGACCCAUCCCGAUCACGGUCCAGCACUUGGAAGAGGAAAACCGCCGAAAAUCUCUCGGCAACGGUCUGCCCGAAAAUGGCAUCGGUGGCAACUACGAAUCUUGGGACUACGUCUACCGACAGUUGGAAAAUAUUGGGUACACCAAGGACCAGGCUGAACGGCCGGAUGUCUUGGCUUUACUAAACAAAGUAAGUAUGGCCCGACAAAAGAGUGAACGAGCGGGAUCUCGUCACGACGUCCUGAGCCCCUUGUCCAUGGAGGAAAAAGAGCUUCUAAAACAGAUCCAGCGGACCCAUAUCUCGUCCACGGGACCUGUUCAACCAGAGGAUCCGGGAUUCGAUGAGGCAGAUGCGGUUCAUCGACGUUUUCGACGAAGCUCCGGCGACCGAGAUCGUCAUCGAGACUCUCAUAAACGGCGAAGCACUCAAGGAGACCUGCGCAAAAGCCAACGCCAUAGUCGACCUCUCUCGCCUCCCGAAGUUGACACGACCUCAAAACCGAAGAAUGGAUGGCAAUGCCACGCCUGCACUUUUAACAAUGGCUGUAAAGUGGAUAUUUGCGAAAUGUGCGGAAAAUCGCGGAACUCUCCGGAGCUCCUGAAGUCAAGCACGACGGCGACCGAUUCUUCCGAUCAAGAGGACACGAUCUCGUGUCAAAAGUGUACUUUGCUAAAUGACCGCAAGUUGAAAACUUGUGACGCGUGUGGAGCCAGUCUGCACAAGAAACGAAUCGAUUGAGUGAUCGAAUGCCAUCCUCACAUGAAUUUUUAUUCACACACCUGUUUAAUAUCUAACCUUUUUAUUGAAUGAAUCAAACGGCUUUCUCUAAAUUAUACUUUAUACAACAAAUAUGUAAUCAUCGAUAUUGUAUCCUAAUUUGAAUUUGUACCUAUUCAUUCAUGUUUGUGACAAAGAAAAUUUUAAUACAACUAAAGAAAAACGA